GGGCCCCGCUACUUCCGGUCCCGCCGCCCGGAGCCGGUGCAGCUGUGAGGGGCCGUGUGUCGCUGCCGCUGGCCGGCCGGGCAUGGUGUUGGGUGCCGGGCCCGCCUCGCCUGUCUCGGGGUGCCCUGGGUAAAGGCAGCAGUAAUGCUGACGCCGGCAAGCAAACUGAAGCGGGAGGACGGUCUCAAAGGGUCCCGGACAUCAGCCACGGCCUCCGACUCCACUCGGAGCGUGUCUGUGAGAGACAGGCUGCUUGUUAAAGAGGUUGCGGAGCUUGAAGCUAAUUUACCGUGUACAUGUAAGGUGCAUUUUCCUGAUCCAAACAAGCUACAUUGCUUUCAGCUAACUGUAACCCCAGAUGAGGGUUACUACCAGGGUGGAAAAUUUCAGUUUGAAACUGAAGUUCCUGAUGCAUACAACAUGGUGCCUCCCAAAGUGAAAUGCCUGACCAGGAUCUGGCACCCCAACAUCACAGAGACAGGCGAAAUAUGUCUAAGUUUACUGAGAGAACAUUCGAUUGACGGCACUGGCUGGGCUCCCACAAGGACAUUAAAGGAUGUUGUUUGGGGAUUAAACUCUUUGUUUACUGAUCUUUUGAAUUUUGAUGAUCCACUGAAUAUUGAGGCUGCAGAGCAUCAUUUGAGGGACAAGGAGGACUUCCAGAAUAAAGUGGAAGACUACAUGAAGCGUUAUGCCAGAUGAUAGGAGGAGGAGACGGUGGGGCUGUGGACUGUGUGUAGGCUUUUCUCCAACCUCAUCCAAGAGGGAGCUCCCCCUCCCCAGUCCUCGUGCUCCCCUCAGACCCACAGGGUCAUCCACAUCCUGUGACCAUGCUGUCCCAAGGAAGAACCUCUUCACGAUUGCCCAUUGUAGAUGGAGAGUCCUACAUAAAUACAGCAAGAAAAUGUGUUUGGGGUUCUAAAGAGUUGUCUGCUUCCCUUAACAUGUUUACUUUUUGGAAA